UAGGGAUUCUGGAUAUGUUCUAGAUCUCGGGGCGCCGCGGAGAGCUCAUUCUGCUCUGGAGAGCCACUAUGGACUACCUACGUACUACGCGGGAUGUACGGCGCUACAGCAAUACAACGCGGUCACGCACGACGGAGCAGUCCCGGGACACGGCGUUGGCUUGAGAUUGCCGUGCAUGACGACUUCACCACGGGCCUGUCCCGUCCCGUAACGCGCUGUCAACAACGGGUCUAUCGCGGAAAAAGCAACAGCCUCGUCCUCGCCAUGGGGCCGGAAAAGCCUCGCCCGAACCAUUGACGCUCUCACGGUGCCUUCUCCUUCUCCUUCUCCUUCUCCAUGCUCAGACAUCAGGACUGGAGGGGUGCGUGGAACCGGCCGGACAGGGCUUCCAGGGGCCUUGCACUAGCCCUGCUAGCCCUGCCAACACUUGGCCCUGGCUUAACGCUUCCCACGCGGUACAUCCAAGGUACAUGCGCUGUACGGCUCCGUCCCCCGUGCCUGUGCCCGUGCCCGUGCCAUGUGUGCGACGGCGUCCGCGAUCCUGUGGAUGAAUGCGCAUGGCAUGUGCCUCUAAGCACUGCUCAUCUGCGUUGCUCCAUAUGCUGUGUUCCGUAUGCUGUGGUGUGUUGUGUUGUGCUGCGCUGCGCUGCGCUUUGCUGCCUUGUUUUCUUUUGGUUGUGUUCUCUGCUGGACGAAGACGAUGAUAAUACAGCGUUACUACCUAGGUACCAAGGUAAGUACUCAGCCAAACUUCAACCACUCAUCCGAAUUGCGAUUGCGCCACCCACAUCCCGAGAUAGGAGCUGCUGCAAGUGCAAUUGAUACAUUUCAUUGGAGCUCCGGCACGACAACGUCUUUUGUAAAAAGAA